AUGAACUUUGUCGUCAUUCGAUCACCGAUCAAUCGUUUUAUCUCAAUCUACAAAUAUCUUUGCUUUUUUGCGAAAUCUUGUGGCAUUCAUGCAAAGAAUUUCACAAGAAUGGUUGAGCAAUUUGAUUUGAUGUUAAGAACUGGUCAAGAAUUUGAGGGAGAAGUGCAAUUCCCGGGUUUUUAUGUGCGAGAUCAUAUGAAACCGCAAUCAUGG